CAAAGUGGGGGAAAUAGGCGUUUCUUAACUAUAUAAGGGUCAAAAGUGGGAAGAUUUUCAUAUAAGUGACUGUCAAAGAAGAAUGAUGCAUUUGCUGCUUCUGUUCGCAGUUGUGGGGAGCUCUCUAGGGGCGUCGCUGAGAGUCAGAAAACAGUCAGGAGGGACGGUAACAUUUUUCAACCAAACUUUCCCAGCUCCGCCAGGCGUUCCACAAGAGACGAUAAACCAAUUUCAAGGAGCGUUCCAGCAAGGUUCAGGAUUCUUACCCCAGCCGCCAUCACCACCGCAGGGUUUCAUUCCUCAAAACCCCGGUGAAUUUUUACAACAAGGCGGUUCAGGAUUUAUCUCGAAUUUCCAGUCUCAAUUGCAGCAGGACGAAUUGGUCGGUAGAAACGAGCCUAAACCAGUUGUACCGAUCGUCACCUAUCAAUUUACUCCCAACUCCGUCGAUGGGAGCUACCAAUUCAGUUAUGAGUCAGGGGAUGGGACGAAACGAGAGGAAUCAGGGAGCCAGAAAGCAGUGGGCGAACCGGCAGAAUUGGGUACAGUGGCCAAAGGGUCCUAUUCCUACACAGACCCCGAUGGGAAUUUGGUCCAAGUCAGCUACACAGCAGACGAACGAGGUUUCGUCCCGACGGGAUCUCACCUGCCGACUCCUCCGCCUGUCCCACCAGAAAUUCUCAAAGGUCUCGAAGCUUCCGCGGCGAACGAAGCGGCACAAAACAACGGAGUUAUAUCUCCGUCAUACAAUUAUUUUUUCCGAAACGCAUACCGCAGGCAUUAUUGAUGUAAUCAGUUAAUUAAUUGUACAAAACAAGCUCCUCCUAUGAUUUUGUUUGUUCACACGAGCAAUUGUUCUUUCUUUUGUUUUAUUUGUAAUAAAACUUUUUAUAACU